ACCGCGACGUGGACCGCCGCCGCGAUGGCGGGCGCAGCAGGGGUGGUAGAGACUUUGCCAACGGCCACGGUCGCCGACGUUCGCCCCCGCCCAGGAGCCGCCUCGCGGGAAGGCUUGGUGACCGUGAGCCUGGCGAGGUGCUGAGCGGUAGCGCAUCUGAUGACUCCGGUGGGAGGUCGGAUAGAGGGAGGGAAAAUGGCGUGCGCAGUUCUAGCAGGGAGGGCGACAUGGUGGCAGGCACUGGGAUCUCGUCACCGAUCAAGAAGAGGAAAUUCUCACCGAUAAUUUGGGACAGGGAUAGCCCAAAGCCACCGCAUUCUGGUGCAGCCAGGGACAAGAAAUCGGUAGAAUCUGUUCCUUCUGAGCUCCCUCCGCCGCCGCCGCUGCCACAAGACCACAUCCCACUGAGCUUGUCUGUGGAGAAGUCACCUAUGGAUGUAGAAACUACUGUUGGUACAGAGAGUGCUGAGCAGUUGCCGGAACAUGAGGUCAAUAAGGUGAUAGAGCAGGAAGAGGACUAUCCAAGUCCAACAAUGAGGAACAUAUCGACUUCAAGAUGGGCGGGUGCAAAUGAUGAUGAGGAAGGUGGGGCAGCUCCAAUGAAGAAGAGAAGUGUUUCACCUGCAGACUCCUCUGUACCAGGUCAGUGGAAACGAGCAAGCCCAGAACCUGGUGAAGUCUCUGGAGGAAGGGCAAUGUCUAGGUCAUCUGAUUCAGGGAAAAUAGGUAAUGAUGAGAAAGAAGAUUCCGAGGUCGAUAAAGAUGACUAUAUGGAUGUUGACAGGGAGCAUGCUAGUGACAGUGGUACAGAAAACUGUAUGUCGGAUACUGACUCAGACAAUGAAAUGUGCAGGCCUGAAACCCCUGAACCAGAGAGGCCACCACACAGGUGUAUCAAUAUGCUUCAAGGUUGCAGAAGUGUUGAUGAGUUUGAGAGGCUCAACAAAAUUAAUGAGGGAACAUAUGGUGUUGUAUACAGAGCAAGGGAUAAGAAGACAAGUGAGAUUGUUGCAUUGAAGAAGGUAAAGAUGGAGAGGGAGCGAGAAGGUUUCCCAUUAACCUCUCUUAGGGAAAUAAAUAUCCUCUUGUCUUUCCACCAUCCUUCAAUCGUGGAUGUUAAGGAAGUAGUAGUUGGAAGUAGUUUAGAUAGCAUUUUUAUGGUUAUGGAGUACAUGGAACAUGAUCUUAAAGGUGUCAUGGAGACCAUGAAACAACCAUAUACACAAAGCGAGGUCAAAUGUUUGAUGCUUCAGCUGCUAGAGGGUGUAAAAUAUCUACAUGACAAUUGGGUACUCCAUAGGGAUCUGAAGACCUCAAAUCUUUUGCUGAAUAACCGUGGUGAGUUAAAAAUAUGUGAUUUUGGACUGUCUCGUCAAUAUGGGAGCCCAUUAAAACCUUAUACUCAACUGGUUGUGA